UCAGAUACUCCAAGUCUUUAUUACCCAAAAAACAACAACAAACUGAAAUUUUCAGGUAAUCUCAGAGCUGUAGAAGGUAAUAAUGCAAGUAAGAAAUAUAUAAGUUAGCCAUUUUAGUGGUCUGAGUGUCAUGAAUGGAUGAAACAUGGGUCGACGUGCUCUGACUCUGAACUUCACCAGCAUGUACUACUGCUACGUUAAACGCAAAAUUCCCUCCAAAUCCACAACCCAACAACGGCUAUGGCUUCUCCUUCCACUUCAAAUUUCCAACGCUUGCUUUCUUUCACUAAGCUUCUGGCUUCUCAUGUCAAUCGAGGCCGUCAUGAUCAAGCUCUCUCUCUUUUCCACCAUAUGCAAGCUUCCCUUACUCUUCCUCUCGACGCCCAUGUCUUCUCUCUCGUUCUCAAGUCCUGCGCCACCACCCACCGCGCUCAACUCGGCACCGCCAUACACGCCCACGUAGCCAAAUCAUCUUUCCUCUCAAACCCAUUUGUUGCUUGUGCUCUGGUCGACAUGUAUGGUAAAUGUGUUUCGAUUAUGUCAGCACGCCGCCUGUUCGAUGAAAUUCCCCAAAGGAACGUUGUUGUCUGGAAUGCUAUGAUAUCGAUUUAUGUUCAUUCCGAUAAUGUUUCUGAUGCUUUGAGAUUGUUUGAGGUUAUGGAUUCUGAGCCCGAUGUGUCAACAUGUAAUUCGGUGAUAGCAGGAUUGGCAGGGUUGGAUAAUGGGUCGUUUAAGGCUAUUGGGUUUUAUAGAAGAAUGCAAGAACUGAAACUAAGACCGGAUUUGAUUACACUGCUUGCUCUGUUACGUGCUUGCAUUGGUAUAGCAGAGUUAAGUUUAAUUAAGGAAAUUCAUGGUUAUGCUGUAAGGAAUGAGAUGCACUCACAUCCCCAGUUGAGCAGUGGCUUAGUCGAGGUAUAUGGCCGAUCUGGGUGUGUACUUAAUGCCCAUAAAGUGUUUAUGAUCAUGAAGGAAAGAGAUGUGGUUGCAUGGAGCAGUCUUAUAUCAGCAUAUGCGCUUAACGGUGAUGCAAGAACCGCACUACAAAUGUUUCAACAAAUGGAAUUGGAGAAAGUAUGGCCUGAUGAUAUUACUUUUCUUGGUGUACUAAAGGCUUGUAGUCAUGCAGGAUUAGCUGAUGAAGCAUUGGAGUAUUUUGAUCGGAUGCGUAAGAGCUAUGGCGUGCAAGCAAGAAGUUCUCACUAUUCGUGUCUAGUAGAUGUUUUGAGCAGAGCAGGGAGAUUAUAUGAUGCUUAUGAGAUCAUACGAGAAAUGCCAGUGAAGGUGACUGCUAAAGCUUGGGGAGCCCUUCUCAGGGCAUGCCAAACUUAUGGAAAGGUAGAGCUUGCAGAGAUUGCAGGGAAAGCCUUGUCCGAGAUUGAACCUGAUAAUCCUUCUAAUUUACUUUUGACAAGAAUUUAUGUUGGACAAGGGAGAUAUGAGGAAGCCCAGAGAAUGAGAAGGGAAAUGAAGGAGAAGGGAGUCAAGGCAGCACCUGGAAGUAGUUGGGUAGUAUACAAAGACUGAAAAAAACCUGGACUUUUUGUUUUUUCUCAAGUAGAAGGAAAAAGAGUUCCAGCGGACUACUUUUUUGACAAUUGGCUAAUAGUUUCCACCUUUUCUAGAGAACACAUAAAGAAUGAUUUCUUGAAUACCUUAUGUUAGUGAUAAAAUGAACGGGUUUCGUGGUGAUGAGCUCAACCCUCAAAUGUACAGGAAUUGAAACAUGGAAGAGAGUGUGAAGACAAGGAGAUGGUAUUAGAAUUAUAGUUCACAGCUAUAGUAGAAUGGUGUUUUUUGGCCUUUGUUGUCCUAAUUAAUUCGCAUUCUUUAGUCUAAUGUAUUAAGAUGCUAAAUUAGUAGCUGUUUUCACUAUAAAAUCUAAUAUAUAAUUUUGUUAAAAAGAUGUAAAGGAAAAAAGAAAAAAGAAAGGUUGAUAGUUUAUUUAUUUA